CAGAGCUCCGGACUUUUUGGUUCCUCUUGAGUCUUGAUCCUCUGCAUCUCAGUAUGGGCGGCGGUUCGGUCUGGAGAUAAACAGCGAGCCUUCAUAGAUGUAAGGACAGUCCUGUGUCAGGCUGUGGUGAUUGAGUUGAUGCCCCUGCCUCUCGUCAGCUGACUGGCACCAGCGAUGGGACCCCAAAGGAUUCAGUUCCCCUGGGCGCACUGCCAGGACAGCGGAUCUACUGGUUCGGACCGGGAGAGAGAGAAGCGCUGGGCUGAGCUGUUUGAUGAGCUGGACCUCAACAAAGAUGGACGCAUCGACAUCCUUGAACUGCGGACGGGACUGGCAGGCCGAGGGCUCUCCAGAGCCUCCUUGGAGAGGUUAGUGGAGGAAGGGGACACCAACCAGGAUGGAGUACUGGACUUAGAGGAGUUCACCCAGUAUCUUCGCACACAUGAAAAACAGCUCAAACUUAUGUUUCGCAGCCUGGACAGGAACAACGAUGGUCAUAUUGAUGCAGCAGAGAUCCAGCACUCUCUACACACCAUCGGUGUGAACAUCAGCCUCGAAGCUGCCACCAGGAUUUUGCAAAGUAUGGACAAGGACGGUACCAUGACCAUUGACUGGAAUGAGUGGCGUGACUACUUCCUGUUUAAGUCCCUCACUAACAUGGAGGAUGUGGCGCGCUACUGGAAACGUUCAAUGAUGUUGGACAUUGGUGAGCAACUGACAAUCCCAGAUGAAUUCUCAGAGGAGGAGAAGAAAUCUGGCUUAGUGUGGCGGCAGCUGAUGGCCGGAGCCAUUGCUGGAUCUGUAUCUCGGACUGGAACUGCCCCCUUAGACCGCCUCAAAGUGUUUCGGCAGGUUCAUGGUUCCUCCACUUUUAAAGGGAACGUGGUGAGCGGUUUUAAGUACAUGGUGAAAGAGGGAGGACUGCAGUCGUUGUGGAGGGGCAAUGGAAUGAAUGUUAUUAAAAUCGCCCCUGAGACUGCUAUCAAGUUUACAGCUUAUGAAAAGAUCAAGCAUGUGAUGCGUGGCAAUAAUGAAUCAAAAACUUUGAGGAUUCAUGAGAGGUUUGUUGCCGGAUCUUUGGCUGGGGCGAUAGCUCAGACAGCCAUCUACCCAAUGGAGGUGUUGAAGACCCGUCUUACACUAAGAAAAACGGGCCAAUACACAGGAAUAGCAGACUGCGCCAAGCAGAUCCUACAGAGGGAAGGGGUUGCAGCCUUCUACAAGGGUUAUGUACCCAACCUGUUGGGUAUUGUCCCUUACGCUGGCAUCGACCUGGCUGUCUACGAGAGUCUGAAGUUUUCUUGGCUGAACAGGAACAGAGGUUUAGCUGACCCAGGGGUCAUGGUGCUGGUUGGCUGCGGUGCCAUCUCUAGCACCUGUGGACAGCUGGCAAGUUACCCCCUGGCACUGAUCCGCACCCGAAUGCAAGCGCAAGCUUCAGUGAAGGGAGCCCCUAGGCCGUCCAUGUUGGCCUUGGUUCGCAACAUUGUGACCAAGGAGGGCGUGGCCGGACUUUAUCGAGGAAUUUCCCCCAACUUGCUGAAAGUCAUCCCCGCUGUCAGCGUGUCCUACGUUGCCUAUGAAUACACAAGGAUAAUGCUAGGAGUGGACGUUGACGGUAGGAGGGGAGAGAGAGGGAAAGGGUAGCAAAAAAGGUUGGAUGGUUUUGUUUGGCUUUCAUAUACAAGCACGCACAGAUCUGUUGGCAGUGCAUGAGGAAAUGGGCCUCGACUGUGGAUGAAAACAUGGACGAGGAUGAUGGGAUGGACAAUAAACCAUGGAGGUAAAAGAGAAAAAGUUCUUGUGAAAGCCUCACAUUUGGAUGACCUCACCUGACCUGGCAGAGUUUCACAUGUGAUAUAUUGCAUUACAACGCAUGCCGACAGUUGACAUUUGUGUGAAAGCUAACCAACUAGUCUCCUGCUACAGCAUUUAUUUGCACAGAUUGCACAGACUCGCAUGAACUUGCCUGAGAAGCAACAGGUAAAAGGUGAAAGCAUACUUGGAAGUCAUGUUACAUUCCUGAUGCGAGAGAAUUAUAUGACUUUUUUCCCUCACAGGUGAAAUGUAGAGAAGAUAGAGGACUGAUCCAAUUUCCUGUUCUCUAAGUAACAGAUAAUUGAUGACCUUAGCUCUUGGAUAAUGACUGAAAUGGUGGAUGGUGAAAAAAGUAAGAGACACUCAACCCUGUCUUUCCUGGAAGGAUUACUACUGAGUAUAGCACACCAAAGGACAUUAUAUUUAUACAGGCUGCCAAAGCCAUGUCCAGACGCACAGAGGAUUCAUAACCUCUCUUGCAAAAGGCUCAUUGUGUUCUUUGCCGAGAGUUGUAUUUGUGUUCCGUUUAUAAAAACACUACAGGGUCCAGUGAAAUGUAGCCUUUUCAUUAACUGUAUGUGCACAAUGUACAUGUUUAACACUAUGGUAAAGAGUUCACUUGAUCUGUAUCAUGAAACAAUAAGAAAUGAGAUUUAAUGCCAGUGAACAUUUUUGAUGUUUCAUUAUUUAUUAUGGAUUUUGCCAAUAAAUGCAUGUAUGUUGUAACUUUUGCUAAAUAAAUGCAACUGUGCUUUUUUCUGA